AUGUGCCGCUUCGCUGAUGCCGAUGGCGCUUCCACGACCCAGGCCCCGACUGACCGCGGUCUGUUGCCUACCAACAUUGUUCCUCGUCACUACGACGUGACGCUGGAGCCGAACUUUGAGACGUUCCGAUUUGAUGGUCUUGUUAAGAUUGAUCUCGACUUCGCCGAAGACUCCACAAGUAUCACUCUGCACGCCCUCGACAUUGACAUUAAGCCUGCUGCGGUGGUCUUGGACGGACAGGCGACGACCCUGAGUAGCGCGGACAUAAGCCACAAUGAGGACAGGCAGACCAGCACCUUUGACCUCAAGAAGACUGUGUCGAAGGGCACGAAAGGCCAGAUCGAAAUCAAGUUUGAGGGUGAACUGAACGACAAGAUGGCGGGUUUCUAUCGUUCCACCUACAAGAAGGCCGACGGCUCCUCGGGCAUUAUCGCAACCAGCCAGAUGGAGGCCACCGACUGUCGCCGAGCGUUCCCCUGCUUCGACGAGCCUGCCCUCAAGGCCGAGUUUACCGUCACGCUGAUUGCCGACAAGAACCUCACCUGUCUCUCUAACAUGGACGUGGCUGAGGAGACGGAUGCCCACGAUGGCAAGAAGGCAGUCAAGUUCAACAAAUCGCCCCUGAUGUCCACCUACCUCAUCGCCUUCAUUGUUGGCGAGCUGAACUACAUCGAGACGACAGCUUUCAGGGUGCCCAUUCGGGUCUACGCGCCGCCAUCUGAGGACAUUGAGCAUGGCCGCUAUGCCCUUGACAUUGCUGCCAAGGGUCUGGAGUUCUACGAGAAGGAAUUCGGGAUCGAGUAUCCGCUGCCCAAGCUCGACCAAGUUGCCAUGCCUGACUUCGCGGCGGGCGCCAUGGAGAACUGGGGUCUCAUCACCUACCGCACUGUUGAGGUCUUGUUCAACGACAAAACCAGCGGUGCCGUGGUCAAGGAGCGAGUGUCUUCGGUCAUUCUGCACGAGCUGGCGCACCAGUGGUUCGGUAACCUGGUGACGAUGAAGGAAUGGCAGUCUCUCUGGCUGAACGAGGGCUGGGCCGAGUUUGGCGCUCGCUACUCCCUCAAUGCCCUUCACCCUGAGUGGAAGCUCAAGGAAUCCUUCGUAUCCGAGGAUCUGCAGUCGGCCUUGUCGCUCGAUGGUCUUCGUAGCAGCCAUCCUAUCGAAGUACCAGUCAGCCGCCCAGAGGAGAUCAACCAGAUCUUCGACAGCAUCAGCUACGCCAAGGGCUCUUGCGUUGUCCACAUGCUGUCUGAUUACCUCGGCGAGGAGGUCUUCAUGGAGGGCGUGCGCAAAUAUCUGAAGCGUCACAUGUACGGCAACGCCAGCACAGAGCAGCUGUGGGAGGCCCUGAGUGAGGUGAGCGGCAAGGAUGUUGCUACCAUCAUGGGCCCCUGGACCAGGCAUGUCGGUUACCCUGUUGUAUCAGUCACCGAGAACGGAAGUGACGUUCGUCUUGAGCAACACCGAUUCCUCACGACUGGCGAUGUCAAGCCCGAGGAUGAUCAGGUCCUCUACCCUGUGUUCCUCAACCUUCGCACCAAAGACGGCGUGGAUGGCGAUCUAACCUUGAAGAGCCGGGACUCAAGCUUCAAGCUUGGCGAGGCUGGCGAGUUCUUCAAGAUCAACGCCAACUCCGCCGGUUUCUACCGCACGCAAUACACCAGCGAGCGCCUCGAAAAGCUCGGCAACGCCGCCGACAAGUUGACGGUUCAGGACAGGGUCGGCCUCGUCGCUGAUGCCAGCGCUCUAGCGACUUCUGGAUACCAAAAGACCUCAGCCAGUCUCGGCCUCUUCCGCGCCUUGAGCAGCGCUGGCGAGUCUGAAUUCCUAGUCUGGGAUCAGAUCCUUUCGCGCCUGGGCUCUAUCCGCAUGGCAUGGAUCGAGGAUCAGCACAUUGUGGAUGCCAUUAUGAAGUUCCAGCAAGAGAUCACGUCUCCGCUCGUAGACAGGCUUGGAUGGGAGUUCUCCUCGACUGAUGGCCACGUUGAGCAGCAGUUCAAGGCGCUGGUUUUCGGCGCCGCGGGCAUGAGCGGCAACAAGCAAGUCAUUGCGGCUGCACAGGACAUGUUCAAGAAGUUCAUGGACGAGGAAGAUCGAUCGGCUAUCCACCCCAACAUCCGCGGCAGCGUUUUCUCCCUCAACCUGAAAUACGGUGGCGAGAAGGAGUAUAAUGGUGUUCUCGACUUCUAUAUGCACAAGGCCAAGAGCAGCGAUGAACGCAACUCUGCAUUGCGCACACUCGGCCAGUCGCGCAAGAUGGUGCAGCAGACGCUUGAUCUCUUGCUUAGUGGCAAGAUCCGAGACCAGGACGUGUAUCUGCCCAUCGGCGGCCUGAGAGCCAGUCGCGAGGGCAUUGAGGGGCUCUUUGAGUGGAUGCAGAAGAACUGGGACGCCAUCUCGGCCAAGUUCCCGGCAUCAUCGCCGAUGAUUGGCAACGUGGUGGCCUACUGCGUUGGCGGUCUGAGCACGCAGGCGCAGCUCGACCAAGUGACGGCAUUCUUCGAAAACAAGGGCACGGCCGGCUUCGACCGGUCUCUGGCGCAGGCGACAGACUCGAUCAAGGCGAAGAUGUCGUGGAAGGCUCGGGACACGGACGACGUGAGACAGUGGUUGGAUUCGCAGUAA